UGUUCGGUUAACAUGCAAAGUGUGGGACUUAGUCUGUAUGUUUUUUAUACAGCGGAGUCAGACAUAAACAAACAGCGAGAGCUAUGUGUGGAUAUUCGUUGUAAGAAUGGACGUUGGGUGGCUCUCCGACCCGUGUCUGUUCUAUCGACAGAGACACUAAAUGGUACAUUACACUGGUGUUAUGGAUACUGCAGUUGCGUUGCGUGCGGGUCUGACGUCAACCCCAAAGUAUCUUCCGGUUUGGUACCGCUACGACAAGGCAGGCUCCGUCUACAACGACAUAUGUCUCUCUGAAAACACCUACUACUACUUUUACAAGUCAGAAAUAUCCAUUCUGGAACGUCAUAUAAAGCAAAUAUUACCCGAAGGAUCUGAUGUUCCUGAUCUUGUAGACAUGGGCAGUGGGAAUAGUGAGAAAACUCGACUAUUUAUCGACACCCUGCUUCAGAGACACGACCGUGUUAAAUACACCCCAGUGGAUAUAUCAAAAGAUUUUUUAGCCGAAACAUCCCAGCAAUUGUCUAAGAAUUAUGGAAGCAGGUUAUCAAUUGCCAGCAUCCCGGGAGAUUAUGACGUGGGGAUACAGCGACUGAGUAAUAUGCCGGGGAGAAAGGUAAUCACGUGGCUUGGAGGUGGAUUCCAGAACCAGAGUUAUCAGGACCAAAUACGUCGGCUAACAUUAUUGUCGAAUGUUAUGACAGACAGGUGCCGGCUCAUCAUAAGUCUUGAUGUUACACAAGAUAAAGAACAGAUAGAAGACGCAUACCUCGAUCCUACAGGUAUAUCGUCGGAUUUGUACCUCAAUGGUGUAUGGCGUCUGAAUAGAGAGUAUGGCUGUUCUAUAAACACGGACACUCUAGCUCUAGAGGCAGAGUAUGUUCACAGUGACAAGCCCGAUGAGACAAGCUACGUCAUCGUUUUCGGCAAAUCCCUAGAAAACCAGGUUCAUCAGAUACCUGGACUGGGAAUUGCCAUUGAUCUAGCGAAGGGAGAGAGACUUUAUUUACACGACGGUAAAGGAGUGAGCUGUAAAUACAACAUUAACCAGAUACGGACGCUAGGUUCCUGUGGGGGACUGCACUUAGAAAACUACUGGACUGACACGGACAACCACGUGGCUGUCUGUUGUUUCUCCAUCCCAAAGACCACAGGACAACAAGACAUUUAGUGGGAUAUACCACUCCAGCUGUAGUGAAUACAAAUGUGCUUUAAACUGCACGUAAAGUGAUUAAGUGGACUGGGAAAGUUAUUUUUAUCUCUGACCUCUAAACCCAAGUUAUCGGCCCGAUAUGAAGUAGAAGCAUCGAGUCAAUAUCAAAAAACACCGACCUCCAAGUGAUUCAGACCGUUCUGUUAUAUCGAUGAUGUCAGAUUAGGCAUAAUAAUAAUCUUACAAAUACUCAUGUGCAUAGAUAUUUAUGAUCUAUUUUUUCUGCUAACAUGCCUGCUCUCUGUUCAUGUCGUCAGCCGUCUAUUUAAGCUAACAGCAUGGUUAAUUUAUAUGAUUGCAGGAUUGGAAAAUAUUCGUACUCAAUUCAAAUCAUAAUUAUCGUCUACACUGAAUGCAGAUUCGAAUAACAAUGGCUUAAAAUGAGUUUUUCAAUGAUCUCAAGCCAAAUAAUAAGAAAGCCUUGCUAUAAGAAUCUCGUGGAUAUUUAAUUAGAUAUUUAUUAUAUUAAGGAUACACCAGGGAUAUCAACAUCCUCUCAGAAUCUCAGGUAUAUACCAAGGAUAUCCACAUCCUCACAGAAUUUCAGGUAUUUACCAAGGAUAUCCACACACUCUCAGGAUCUCAGGUAUAUACCAAGGAUAUCCACAUACUUUCAGGAUCUCAGGUAUAUACCAAGGAUAUCCACAUACUCUCAGGAUCUCGGGUAUAUACAAUGUACCAAGGAUAUCCACAUACUCUCAGGAUCUCAGGUAUAUACCAAGGAUAUCCACAUACUCUCAGGACCUCAGGUAUAUACCAGGGAUAUCCACAUACUCUCAGGAUCUCAGGUAUAUACCAAGGAUAUCCACAUACUCUCAGAAUCUCAGGUAUUUACCAAGGAUAUCCACAUACUCUCAGGAUCUCAGGUAUAUACCAAGGAUAUCCACAUACUCUCACGAUUUCAUGUAUAUACCAAGGAUAUCUACAUACUCUCAGGAUAUCAGGUAUUUACCAAGGAUAUCCACAUACUCUCAGGAUCUCAUGUAUAUACCAAGGAUAUCCACAUACUCUCAAGAUCUCAGGUAUAUACCAAGGAUAUCCACAUAUCACAAGAUCUCAAGGAAAUACAAAGAAUGUCUACAUACUCUGAAGGUAUCAAGGAUAUACAAAGGAUAUUUGCAUACUCCCAGUAUCAAUGGCACGAGUGUUAUCUUUUCUGAUCACUACGCUAUCAGGGCAGAGUUUCACCUUAGCUAUAAAGCCCGAUAUGUGCUACAUGUAUCAACAACUAAUCGUUUCACCGGGAAAAUCAUGUGCCUCAAUUUGAUGGGCGCUGAUAUCAAAGAAAUAAGUGGAAAUAAUGAUACUUAUUGCGUCAUUAAUAUCAUACGUUCUCAUACAAAAUAUCGUUGCUGUGACUUUGUAUUAUAUAAUUAUCAUAUUUAUUUCAAAUAAAAUAAAUGGAAUGGUAACGAUUGUGAGACUCUCAUACAUUAGGUGAACUGAAGAGAGUAGGGGAGAGGGUAACGCAUGCUUUUGGCUUUGUCGUGAAUUGAUGACACCAUUGUGUGGUUCCUAUCAAUUAAUAUCGUAAUAGGUGUAUAUACACAUAAAACAUAGCUAACAUAUAUAAGACGGAGUCGCUCCAAUCCACAGUCUCACUAUAAAACACAGAGAAAAAUUAAAGAAAACAUCAUCAGAAUUACCAAAGCGGCAUCGUAUUGUACUGCCUAACGUUGCAUUGUAUAACAUUAGAUACAUACAAACUAUCUACAACAAAGCUGAAAGAGGAACCCAGAGAGUUGUUACGUUAUGCUCCUUGCUUAAUUGCUGCCUUCGGCUGUCUUUAGCCGAGGGGACUAUUGGUUUUAUAUAAUAGCUAU